GGGCAGAACAUGAUGACGGAGUCUGUGUGGAYGAAGUGGUUUGUGGAUUAGGAAGAGGGGUAACGGAUGGAGACAAAACCAGGGGAGGUAGGAGUGGUGAAGACAGGGGUGGUAGAGUAGUCGGAAAAUGGGUAACAGACGGCGAUAAAACCAGGGGAAAUAAAAGCGGUGAAGGCGGGGGGGAUGAAGUCAAGGGUGGUGAAGUGGCUGAAGCAGAGACAGGGGGGGCAGUCGUAGGUGAGACCCGAAGAGGGGACUCUGCAGGUGGUAAUGCAGGCAUGGCCACGGAUAACAUGGAGGAACGCACCGAGACCAAGGGCGACACAACAGAUGCGGUGGCCACGGAUGCCAUGGAGGAACACACCGAGACCAAGGGCGACACAACGACUGCGGUGGCCACGGAUGCCAUGGAGGAACACACCGAGACCAAAGGCGAUACAGCAGCUGCGGGUCGAGUUGCUCCCGCGGAAUCAAUCGUAGAAGCAACCAAGGCCGAUGAGGAAGAGGCUGCGAAUCGAAAAGGGGCAGCCACGGUCACAAACGGCAUGGAAGGGGUUACUAAGACUGAUGAGGACGCGGAUGCCAUGGAGGAACACACCGAGACCAAGGGCGACACAACGACUGCGGUGGCCACGGAUGCCAUGGAGGAACACACCGAGACCAAAGGCGACACAGCAGCUGCGGGUCGAGUUGCCCCCGCGGAAUCAAUCGUAGAAGCAACCAAGGCCGAUGAGGAAGAGGCUGCGAAUCGAAAAGGGGCAGCCAGGGUCACAAACGGCAUGGAAGGGGUUACUAAGACUGAUGAGGACGCAGGUGCGGCAGACGCAGGUAAUGAAGAAGAGGCUGUGAUAGGUGUGACAGGCGCCGAUAAUGAAGAAGGGGUUGUGACAGGCAUAGGCCGAGGACAGUGUGUAGAUACCCGAGAAAGCGGGUGAUGAAUAGACCAUCGAAGCAUGUUGUUGAACCAGCUGGAGAGGCGGGUCACAUGCGCAGGGUACCUGUGUUGACGUUUACGAAUAUAGGAAGU